CAAUAGCCCCACAGAUCACUAUCCACAAAUAAUGGUGCCAAGAGAGUACAGCCUACACCCCCACGUUGACUGACACCUGAGAAGGAGAUGAUGCUAGCUUCAGAGUUCAACAUUUCAAGCUUGAAACUCUUCAACCUUCUGAUCAAAAGUCGCAUAUGUACGUUGAAGAUCGAGAAAGCACGAGGAAUCACAACCAAAAUCAACCGAAACUCUCAUCCAACAACAAUUAAACCCAUCUAUUGUUUCCCCAACCCAAACACACUGACACUGUUGGUGCACAACUGAACAUACCAAACCAAAACCAUCGAUCAAAGCCUCCACCGUCUCUGCCACCAAACAAAACUCAACCAUCCAAACAAUCCCUAACCUGCGCAAAUCAUUAAUUGACCAAAACCCAACUCCCCUAUCGCAAACACAAUUGUCAAUUCGGGAACAUUCUACUCACUUUGACACUCAGAUCGGAUUCGUCAAAGGAAUGGAAGAGACCAGCAGCAGUUCAACAGGAAAAAGGUUAGCUGUGGUUACAGGAGGCAACAAAGGCAUUGGACUCGAGAUAUGUCGCCAGCUAGCAUCUAAUGGAAUUGCAGUAAUAUUAACAGCCAGAGAUGAGAAGAAGGGUAUCGAAGCGAUUGACAAUCUCAAAGUUUCUGGCCUCUCAGAUGUGUUUUUUCAUCAACUUGACGUAAAAGAUCCUGCAAGUAUUGCUUCAUUUGCAAAAUAUGUACAAACACAUUUCAAAAAACUUGAUAUCCUGGUCAAUAAUGCAGGAAUUAUUGAUGCGGAGAUGGUCACCGAUGAGAAUGGAGAGAAAGUCAUAAAGCGAACUUAUGAGAAGGCCGAAGAGUGUCUCAAGACAAAUUAUUAUGGAACCAAAGGAGUAACUGAAGCACUUCUUCCUCUCCUGCAACUCUCCAAUUCAGCAAGAAUAGUGAACGUUUCCUCUCUUUUCGGACAACUAAGUUAUAUCAACAACGAGAAGGUCAAAGAAGAGCUGCAAAAUGUCGACAGCUUAACAGAAGAAAAAAUAGAUGAGGUGUUGCGGUGGUUUCUAAUGGAUUUCAAGGAGAAUAAAUUGGAGGCUAAUGGGUGGCCCCUUACAGUGUCUGCUUAUAAAGUUUCCAAAGCUGCCAUAAACGCCUAUACGAGACUUAUAGCGAGGAAAUUUCCCGAUUUCCGCAUAAAUUGCGUUCAUCCUGGAUAUGUCAAAACAGAGAUUACAUUGUACAUGGGAAACUUGACUCCGGAGGAAGGUGCUAGAGCACCUGUAAUGCUGGCUUUGUUGCCUGCUAAUGGUCCUUCUGGCUCCUACUAUGAUCAGAUGCAUGCAUCCAUCUUCUGAUUUUAGAAAAAAUCUGCAAGUAUCUGAGUUGGGGGAAAUAUAUCAUAAUCGUUGGUGAAUGAUAUUGUCUUUGCCAUACUUCUUCUUGCUAUUUGAAGGGUUUGGAAUAACAUAAAGCAACUUUAUAUUGAAUUUUAAGUUUGAUUAGUUUCUA